UGCCUCCAAGCGCCAGUCGGAUACGAUCGCUUCUCUUAUGCGUGGCGAAGCAGGAAAGGAACCCGCUUCCACGAAAGCAUCGGCAAGCAUUAUCAAGAUGGUUACCGCCAAGGUGACGUUCUCGGCAUCUUGAUCGAUUUGCCUGCUUCCGGCGCUCCUUCCAAUCAUUUCCCUUCGAACUGCAAAGACCUGCCGCUGAUAAAGUUCAAAAACUUUUGCUACUUCGAAGAAAGAGACGAGGUAGCCCAAGCGUUGAAGAACCUGACCGUGCUGAAAGGCAGUAAAGUAAAAAAUCUGUUUCAAUUGGCUAAUAAUGGUAAAUAA